AUGCAUGUGGCACGUCGGCGCGAGCUUGUCAUUGGGACUCGGGGGAGGAAGAUGAAAAUCUGGUUCAACUACUCCAUUAUCCUGCUUUCAGCGGUCCAGCUUGUCCUUGCUGCGGUUGUGACGGCUGAGAAGCGUCGGGUAUACUGGGAGAUUAUCGGCCCCGUGUCGAGCGGUAUUAUCGCGGCAUCCACCCGGCCGUUCACCUCGUUGUCCAUCUGGGGCUUUGGGUACAACGGGUGCACAUCUCCCCAUUUUGGAAAUUCGGUUGCCUCGCUUUCUUGUGUUAUAAGUAUCCUCUUCGUCAGGCCCUGCAUCGAGGUCCACCGUAUCCGCACCUCAUCUGCACCUAUUAUUACCCCUGAAUCUGUCCCAACUUCUGACGACAGGGCAUAUGAUGGAAACCGGGCCGAGCUCGCAGGAGUUCCGAAGCAGGCAAACAACGCUUCCAUCCCCACUCCAAGUGCUCACGGGACACCCGAGGAGAACCUGGCCGAGCUCGCGGGAGUUGUUCCGAGGCAGGCAGACGUUCCCGUUGUCAUCCCUCUGACGCUUGCCAGUCAGACGGGGGGCACGACGGAUGUGUAUAUGAUUGCUGGUCCUGACGGAAGACCGCAGCUGCUUGUAUCAGCGGGGAUUAAGUUGAUGGCGGUUCCGGCCGACGGACAGCGGCCGGUCGCGGCCGCAGAGGCGGCUUCGACGCCGAUUUAUGAGGUCUAAGGGAUAGCGGACGGGAUCCUGAGUCUUCUACCAGGGACCUUAUGGUCGUACGUGACAAUUAACGACGGAGCUCAGCGGCGCUCAGUGCUCAUCUCGCCGGGCUCAGGAUUAGGUUGGAAAAGGUACCUAAUGGAUUGGAAAUCAAGCGACUUGGCUGAUGUGCCCGUAUAUCAACUAAAGAUGCUCUUUGUAUUUCGUGUGUAUUUUUUGUCUAUGCAUAUGCGCUGGCG